CAAAUAACCAUUUGGUCAUUGACAUCUGUCAUUGGGCAUUGUUGUUGUGUCAAAGCCCGGUAUUUAUUUAUUGUUUUAUUAAAUAAAUGAUAUUUAAUAAUUAAAAUAAUAUCAUCAUGAGUGAUUCAAGUGAUAAUGAAAUAAAAAAAAUACCAAAUUAUGGAUUUAAAUUACAACUUGAUCAUAAGUACAGUGAAAGUUGGAAUCAAAAAGUUAGACCAAGACUAAAACAAUUGCCCCAUCUUAUUCCACUUGCAAUAAGAUAUGUCAUAUAUUAUAUUAAAAUUAUUUGGCAAGGUCGUAAGCCAUUAAUGGAUUACAUCAACAUGCCAACUGGACGACAAAUUUACGGUGCACCAAUUGGUGGUAUUGGUGGUGGAACAAUUGGUCGUGGAUAUAAAGGUGAAUUUUGUCGUUAUGGAUUAACACCAGGUGUUUAUAAUUAUGAUACAGUAUCAGCAAAUCAAUUUAUUGUAACAAUACGUAAUCUGGAUGGUAAAACAAUAUAUCAACAAGUCUUAUCAGUCAAUCAAAAACCAAAGUAUUCAUUAAAAUCUUGGGAUUGGAAUUUUGAUGGUAAAAAUGCAACGUACACUGCACUUUAUCCAAGAUCAUGGACUGAAUAUAAUAUUAAAAAUCCAAAUGUUAAAUUAAUAUGUCGACAAGUAUCACCAGUUAUUCCAAAUAAUUACAAAGACAGUUCAUUACCAUGUGCUGUUUUUGUUUGGGAAAUAAAUAACAUGUCUGAUCAAGAAUUAGACAUAAGUAUAACAUUUACAUUUCAAAGUGGCAUUGGUGGUAAAACAAAAAAAGAAUACAAAUGGAAUGAGUCUUUUGAAUAUAAAAAUAAUAUUUCUGGUGUCAUGAUACAUCAGACUUUAUCAAGUAUGCCAUGUACAUAUGUCAUUGGUUCAAGAGCAAAUGCAAAUGUUGAUAUUUCACGUACUUUGAUAUUUGAUCCAAAUAGUAAUGGUAGUGACUUGUGGAUGUCACUUGAAAAAACUGGAAAACUUGAUAUUAAUUUAAACGAUCGUAAAACAUCAAAGACUGAAAAAGACAUUGCAUGUGGUGUAUGUGCAAAUACACGUUUGAAAGUUAAUGAAACACGCGAUGUUGAAUUUAGCCUAGUCUGGAAUAUGCCAAAGAUACAUUUUUUCAAAAAAAAACACGAAUACAUGAGAUAUUAUACAAAGUUUUUUAAAAAUAUUGAUGAAGACAAAGUUGGCGUUGAAAUAUGUCAUUAUGCUUUGAAUAAUUACAAUUCAUGGGAAUCAGAUAUAUACAAUUGGCAAAAGAGUAUUUUAGAUGACACUGAAUUACCAGAAUGGUACAAAAGUGCAAUAUUUAAUGAAUUAUAUUUUGUUGCUGAUGGUGGUACAGUAUGGCUUUGUCCAAAUUCAACAGAUCAAUAUGAAAAAACAGAUCCACGAAAUGAGUAUGGACGUUUUGCAUAUCUUGAGGGUCAAGAAUAUCGUAUGUACAAUACAUAUGAUGUACAUUUUUAUGCUGGUUUUGCCUUGGCACAAUUAUGGCCACAUUUACAAUCAACAUUGCAGUAUGGAAUUCGUGAUGCUAUUUCAAUGGAAGAUCAUACUGUAAGAUGGUCACUCUACGAUGGUUCCAAGUAUCAAAGAAAAUUAAAAGGAUUUGUACCACAUGACAUUGGUGAUCCAUAUGAAGAACCAUUUGAGCUAAUAAAUGCAUAUCCAAUUCAUGAUGUGUCUGAUUGGAAAGAUUUAAAUCCAAAAUAUAUAUUAAAUUGUUAUCGUGAUUAUUAUUUAACUAAAAAUAUUAAUUAUUUAAAUGAUUUUUGGCCAAGUAUUAAAAUGGUUUUAGAACGUAGUCUUGCUUGGGACAAAGACAAUGAUGGUUUGAUUGAAAAUUCUGGCUAUCCAGAUCAAACAUAUGAUACAUGGAUUAUGUCUGGUCCAAGUUCAUAUUGCGGAAGCUUGUGGUUGGCAUCUCUUUGCUGUGCUGUACAAAUAGGAAAACUUGUUGGGGAUAACGAAAAUGUUGAAAAGUACUUGGUUAUAUUGGAAAAAGGAAAACUUGCAUUUCAGGAAAAGUUGUGGAAUGGAAGUUAUUAUAAUUUUGACAGUAGUAAAAAUGAACAUCAUAAGUGUAUAAUGAGUGAUCAACUUUGUGGUCAGUGGUUUUUAAGAGCCUGUGGUUUUCAUCAUGAUGUUUUUCCUGAGGAAUGUGUUAAUUCAGCAUUAAAAGUAAUUUAUAAUAAUAAUGUUAUGAAAUAUAAAAAUGGUAAACAAGGUGCUGUUAAUGGUUUUUUACCGGAUGGUACUAUUGACACAAUGACAAUACAAAGUGAAGAAAUGUGGACUGGUGUAACAUAUGGUCUAUCAGCUUUAAUGAUUCAUCAGGGUAUGAUUGACGAUGGUUUUCGUACUGCUGAAGGUGUAUAUAGAACUGUUUAUGAAACAAUUGGCAUGGGUUUCGAAACACCCGAGGCACUUUAUGAAAAUAAUCAUUAUCGAGCUAUUGGAUAUAUGCGACCAUUGGCAAUUUGGGCAAUUCAACAUGCAUGGAAUAUGAAAAAAAUUGACAACGCCAAUUGAUAUACAAAUUUAUAAUAUACAUAAUGUAUAUUUACAAAUUAAAUUAUAGACAAUUAAUUAUUCAACUUGGUAUUUUAAAUACUAAGUAUAUAUUAAAUAUUGAAAUGCAUUUUAUUCUUUUCUUUUUUAACUCGAUAAUUAAAAUACAUUUUGUAAACUUGUUUUUAUUUGAAAUCAAAUUUAUAUUAAUAAAAUUAUUGAAUUGUUUGCUUUUAGAAAA